CGCUCGGGCCGGGUCCUCGGCAGCCGGCUGCCGCGAGCGGGUCCCGAGCGCUUGUGCUUUGGUCCCCGCAGCUGUGCCCCAGUGCGGGGAGGCAUGAACUCGCAGCUGCAGCCCUAGCGCCUCGCUCCUCCACCCUGGCAGCCCGGCUGCGGUGACCGGUCUUUGCUCCUGGGCUGGGGGCCAUGAAGCCGAGUCCAGCCGGCACCGCGAGGGAGCUGGAGCCUCAGGCACCCGCCCGGGGCGAGCAGCGUGCGGCGGAGCCCGAGGGGCGCUGGCGGGAGAAGGGCGAGGCGGAUACCGAGCGGCAGCGCACCCGAGAACGGCAGGAGGCCACGCUGGCCGGGCUGGCGGAGCUGGAGUACCUGCGCCAGCGCCAGGAGCUGCUGGUCCGGGGCGCCCUGCGCGGCGUCGGGGGCGCGGGGACCGCUGCGCCCCGAGCAGGGGAGCUGCCUGCCGAGGCGGCGCAGCGCAGCCGCCUGGAGGAGAAGUUCUUGGAGGAGAACAUCUUGCUGCUGCGGAAGCAAUUGAAUUGUUUAAGGAGAAGAGAUGCUGGCUUGUUGAAUCAGUUGCAAGAACUUGACAAACAGAUAAGUGACUUGAGACUGGAUGUAGAGAAGACAUCUGAAGAACAUCUGGAGACAGACAGCCGGCCUAGCUCAGGGUUUUAUGAGCUGAGUGAUGGGGCUUCAGGAUCCCUUUCUAAUUCCUCUAACUCGGUGUUCAGUGAGUGUUUAUCCAGUUGUCAUUCCAGCACUUGCUUUUGCAGUCCCUUGGAGGCAACCUUGACUAUCUCAGAUGGUUGCCCCAAAUCUGCAGAUCUCAUAGGAUGGUUGGAAUAUAAAGAAGGCCACUGUGAAGACCAGGCCUCAGGGRCAAUUUGCUGUUCCCCCUCCACACCACAAUUUAAUUCCCUUGAUGUCAUUGCAGAUGUGAAUCCCAAGUACCAGUGCGAUCUGGUGUCUAAAAACGGGAAUGAUGUAUAUCGCUAUCCCAGUCCACUUCAUGCUGUGGCUGUGCAGAGCCCAAUGUUUCUCCUUUGUCUGACGGGCAACCCCCUGAGGGAAGAGGACAGGCUUGGGAACCAUGCAAAUGACAUUUGCGUUGGAUCUGAACUGGAUGCCACCAAAACAGAGAGUUCUUUACCAUCUCCAAGCAGUCUGUGGUCUGCUUCCCAUCCUUCACCCAGUAAAAUGGAUGGCUAUAUUCUGAGCCUGGUUCAGAAAAAAACACAUCCUGUAAGGACCAACAAACCCAGAACCAGUGUGAAGGCUGACCCCACGAAAGGGCUUCUGAGAAAUGGGAGUGUGUGUGUCAGGGCCAUUGGCGGCCUCUCGCAGGGCAACGCCGUAAACCUUAAGAAUUCCAAACAGGCGUGUUUGCCCACUGGGGGGAUACCCUCUUCGGACAAUGGGGUAUUCUCCCCACUGAAGCAAUGGUCAAAAGAAUCAAAAGGAGAGCAACUGGAAAGUAAAAGGUUGCCRCCACCGGAGAGCUGCUUGGCAAGCACGGAGCUCCAAAGCAAGCAUCUGCCCCCAAAUGCCAAGGCAGCUUCCCAAGAGCAUGCGCAGUGUCCAGCCGCUGGGAAAGGUGAGUCUCUGAAAGAAAGCUGUCAGAUCUCAGCUGCCUCUCCAAAAGAGAGCCCCGGCAGAGGUCCUGUUCCCUUGCAGGAGAACAAGGCUGUGCAGUCCCUGAAAAAAAUACCGCAGAAAAACAGCCUGCAGGCUGUCCCCGCGCCCGUUCCUCCUCCACUGCUGCCGCCUGCCUUUCCUUUGGAGGAGAGGCCUACAUUGGAUUUCAAAAGCGAGGGCUCUUCUUCGCAAAGCCUGGAGGAAGGGCAUCUGGUCAAAGCUCAGUUCAUUCCGGGGCAGGCACCGGGUGGCAGGCUCCACCGGGGCCACAGGAACAUGGGCGUCUCGAGAAGCUCCACCCUGAAGCACCGAGGCCAGGCCCUGCAGGGUCUGGAGAACAGUCUGCCGACCGUCCGGGAGAAAACCCGGUCAGGGAGCAAGAAGUGUCGUUUCUCCGACGACUUGGAUACAAAUAAGAAACUCAAGAAAGCGACUACCAAGGGACGGAAGAGCGGGAGUGGGCCUUCCGAUGUGGGUCUUCCCGGCAGGCCCCUGGGCAGCGGCCACAGGUCGGGAAACAAGGCGCACRGCCACGGACGGGAGCCGGUGGUGGCCAAACCUAAGCACAAGCGAACCGACUACCGGCGGUGGAAGUCCUCGGCGGAGAUUUCUUACGAAGAGGCCCUGAGGAGGGCCCGGAGGGCUCGCAGGGAGCACGUGGGUGUGUACCCGGUGCCGGUGGCCAUGUCCUACGCCAGUCCCUAUGCCUACGUAGCCAGUGACUCCGAGUACUCGGCCGAGUGYGAGUCCCUCUUCCACUCCACCGUGGUGGACACCAGCGAGGACGAGCAGAGCAACUACACCACCAACUGCUUCGGGGACAGCGAGUCCAGCGUGAGCGAGGGCGAGUUCGUGGGCGAGAGCACCACCACCAGCGACUCCGAAGAAAGCGGGGGCUUAAUUUGGUCCCAGUUUGUCCAGACCCUCCCAAUUCAAUCGGUCACGGCCCCUGACCUUCAUAACAACCCCACAAAAACCUUUGUCAAAAUUAAGGCUUCGCACAACCUCAAGAAGAAGAUCCUCCGCUUUCGUUCUGGCUCUUUGAAACUGAUGACCACAGUUUGAGUAGAA